CUCCCCGCCUGGGGCCGCGGCCGCACCGGGGGUGGCUCCGCAUCUCCAAAAGGGGCCCUCCGACUCUUCGCUGGGCCAGUCCGGCGCUGGGUCGUGGAACCCCGCGCAACUCCCGCUGGUUUCUGAAGGGAUCUCUCCUCCAGAGUUUCGAGCAACUUUCCCCUCUGCCUGGCGCGGCGGUGGCUCGGGGACCGUGGCCGCCGCAGGUAGCUGAACCCCGAGCCACGCUCCCCGAGCCUCGGCUGCGCGCGCGCGUAGGUCGCUCCGGGUCUCAGUGCACGCUGGGGAUCCCCGAGCUCGGCUCUGCGGGCGAGAUGCCCCUGGGACACAUCAUGAGGCUGGAUCUGGAGAAGAUCGCCCUGGAGUACAUCGUGCCCUGUCUGCACGAGGUCGGCUUCUGUUACCUGGACAACUUCCUGGGCGAAGUGGUGGGCGACUGCGUCCUGGAGCGCGUCAAGCAGCUGCACUGCAACGGGGCCCUACGGGACGGCCAGUUGGCGGGGCCCCGCGCCGGCGUCUCCAAGCGGCACCUGCGGGGAGACCAAAUCACGUGGAUCGGGGGCAAUGAGGAGGGCUGCGAGGCCAUCAGCUUCCUCCUGUCCCUCAUUGACAGGCUUGUCCUGUACUGCGGGAGCCGGCUGGGCAAAUACUACGUCAAGGAAAGGUCCAAGGCAAUGGUGGCUUGCUACCCAGGAAAUGGAACGGGUUAUGUUCGACACGUAGACAACCCCAACGGUGACGGUCGCUGCAUCACCUGUAUCUACUAUCUGAACAAGAAUUGGGACGCCAAGCUACACGGUGGGGUCCUGCGGAUAUUUCCAGAAGGGAAAUCAUUCAUAGCGGAUGUGGAGCCCAUUUUUGACAGACUCUUGUUCUUCUGGUCAGACCGCAGGAACCCACACGAAGUCCAGCCUUCCUAUGCGACCAGAUACGCUAUGACUGUAUGGUACUUUGAUGCUGAAGAAAGGGCAGAAGCCAAAAAGAAAUUCAGGAAUUUAACCAGGAAAACUGAAUCUGCCCUCACCGAAGACUGACUGUGCUCUGAAAUCCACUGGCCUCAUUCAUUUUAGUAAUGGUUCCCGAAUUCUCUUUAAGAGUUGAGAUCCAAAGAAGGCCUCUUCGGUGACUCAGUGACAAGAAAUCCCCCUCCUGCUUGCAUCAUUCACAUCCCUGUCUGACGUAUGGUACUUUGUGUUUUCUUGCCGAGAUGGCAUCCACCUUCAGACACUCUCCUUGCAAGAUGAACUCAUUUGCUAACGCCAGAAAUGCCUGCAGACGACCUAGCUGGCCAGCGGUUUAACUGAUAGAUUUGGUAAUACUAGCUAUCAAAACAAGAUCAUGGAAGCAUGGGCAAGGGAGUGAAUCUUACUUGCACUUUAUGUACACUUCCUGAUUUGAAAGGAGGAGGUUUGCCAAGAAAAAGCAACGGUGACAGAUGCCACAGAGAGGCGUCAUUGAAGCCUUAACAGCAGGAAGCAGAAAUUUGUGUCAUCGGAACAAUUUCCAGAUGUUCUUAAUCCAGGGCUUUUGGGGUUUCUGGAGAAUUAUCACAAUCUAAUGACAUUAUUACCUCUAGAAAGGGCUGCUGUCAUAGUCAUCAAUUUGUAAGUAUCCUGUGGGUGGACAUUCUUUUUUUCCUGGUCCUGCAACCUGGACUUUUCUGCCUCUGCCCCAUUUUUCUGACAUUAGGACUUUCUGAUCAAAGAUGAUACACCAUUUAUUUUUUAUUUUCACUUCUUACUUGGAGGACCUAAUUCCCCAGAGGCAAAAACCAGGCAUAAAUUGUUCGGGUUACUUUGUUGAAGUGGAUUUUGAAUUUAAAUCAAAGGGGAAAAGAACCUACCUGGAA